AUGCCCGGAGCCAUGCUCACAAAGAAGGAUCUCGGCAAUAGUAGCUUCACUACUUCCGAUCCCGGGCUGACUACCUCGCCUUUUCCAAGAGAUACAAGGUCGGAAGAGCAAUUGGUUGCCGAACAGAUGGACCUUCCAGUAGAGGUGUCUCGAGAGUACGAGAAUGACAUAGAUUACCGAGAGAAAUUGGUCCUCGCGCCAAUGGUCAGGACUGGCAGUCUACCAAUGCGAUUGCUUUCACUGUAUUAUGGAGCUGGUCUGGUCUGGUCCCCAGAAGUCGUCGACAAAGCGAUUAUCGGAUGUGAAAGAGUCGUAGAUCCGGAAUCAGGCGUAAUCACUUACCAUAAAGGUCAAGGGCCAAUCUUUACAACGCAUCCUAUCGAGAAGCCAUAUCGCAAGUUCGUGAUCUUCCAGAUUGGAUCGUCGGACCCAGCUCUCGCCGUGAAAGCAGCCCAGACUGUUCAGCAAGACGUUGCAGGAAUUGACCUCAAUUGCGGAUGUCCCAAGCCAUUCUCUACACAUUCUGGUAUGGGAGCCGCCUUGUUGUCCACGCCCGAUCUACUCUUGGACAUUCUUCGGGCUCUGUUGACCUCCAUCCCCCUGCCUAUCUCAUGUAAGAUUCGCCUGCUUCCCACUCAGCCCUCAACACAAUUGCUUGUCUCCAGAAUCAUCCGGACUGGCAUUCGCAAUUUGACCGUGCACUGUCGCACUCGUGACAUGCGUCCAGGAGUGCCAGCUGUAUGGAGCAGACUAGCCGAUCUCGUUGCGCUCGGGAAGAAAAGGGGCAUUCCCAUAACAUGCAAUGGUGAUGGUGAAGGCUGGUCCAACUGGGAAGCCAUCAGAGCGCAGACUGGGGCGGACUCAUUGAUGUUGGCGCGAGCUGCUGAGCGUAAUCCUUCUGUUUUCCUGCCCACAGGGCCCAGAUGUAACCUCACUGAGGUUAUUCCGAGGUUGCUGGCCAUCGCCGAGUACACCAAGAAUCCCUGGGGCAACACCAAAUUCCUUCUAUCGCAAUUUAAACCCUCACCACCGCCCAUCUCGGAUAUGCCCAAAGCCGAGCGUAAACGGCUGAGUCAAGUGGUCGCUCAGUGCAAGUCUAUCGACCAGGCUGCGGCGGGGCUGGGCCUUUCUCUGGCAAAGGGUACGGUGAUCUUUGCCAGUAUCGUCGAAAGGAUUGAGAGCAUUCAGAGCGGUACCAACGUUUGGGAGGAGAGACGGUUGGCAGAGGAGAAGGGUGAGGUCGUAGAUGAGCCCCAAGGACUUGAGGAAAGGGCAGAGGUAGACGGCUUUGAGGUCGGUGUGGGCCAAGCCGAGGACGAGGAAGAGAUGGCCAUGAACGGGUGA